GCGCGAAAAUAUUAAAAGAAAACAAGAGAACGAAGCAGGCGCAAAGAAAAAUAAUAUUCAUAAUUCUUUAGAUACGUCGAUGCACUACCAUAUAGACGAAGGACGGACAACAACAACAGCAACUGCACACCUGAUACACCCUAAAGCAGUGAAAAGAACAUAAAAGAAAGACGAAACACUAAACAACAACAACAAAGACAAGAAAUCAGCCAAGCAACAACAACAACAAUGACAACAAAACCACCAAGAAAAGUAGCACCCGAUGGCGGCUGGGGUUGGGUUGCCUGCUUCGGCGUCAGUUUGGUCAAUUUGGCAACUCGCUCGAUUGAGCCGUCGUUUGGCCUGCUGUUUGGAGACACGUUGCGAGAUCUCAAUGUGGGCACCACGGGCGCAGCCGUUAUCAUCAGCACGAUGGACGUCUGCAUGAACUUCUCGGGCCUGUUUGUUGGGCCGCUGCUGAAGGAGUUCUCCUACCGCAAGGUGGCCAUUGCCGGCUCCAUUCUGUGUGGCCUAGGCCUGGCGCUGACCUCGCCGGCAUCGACAAUGGCUCACAUACUUAGCACUUACAGUGUCAUCAAUGGCAUUGGCGUCGGGCUGUCCACGUCGGCGGCAUUUGUGGCCCUCAAUCAUUACUUCAAGCAUAAGCGCGGCCAGGCGGUGGGUCUCUCCAUGGCCGGAACGGCGAUGGGCAUGCUGAUCAUGCCGCAAUUGGUGCGUAUCCUGCUGGAAGCUUAUGGUUUUCGCGGUGCGGUCCUAUUGCUGGCGGGCGUAGCACUCAAUGCAACGGUCGGCUCGGUGCUGCUGCAGCCCAUCAAAUGGCACAUGAAGGAGGAGUUUGACGACGAGGAACUGAUGUGCAUCUCGGCGCUGCCAACGCCGCAGCCUCAACUGACUAGCACUGGCGCAGCUGCCAAUCCGGCGCCCACUUUCAAUGUGAUCAAAGAGGAUGGCAACGAGGAGGAUGCGCUGCCAGAGCUGAACACGCUGCUCUUCAACAAGCACAAUCAUAACCAGCACAGCCAUCCAUCGAUGCGCAAGAACUACUCGGAAAUGGCCAUGAACACAAUGAACGGCUCCAGGCUGGGCCUGACCAAGCGGCCGACCUUUCCGCGCAUCAUGUCCCUGGCCGGUGUGCAGUCCGCGGAUGUGGGCAGCGGCAGCGGCGGUUAUCCCUCACAGGCGGAGAUCAAUACGACGCAGUUGCGCUGUCGCAAGGCGUCCGUCACCUCGAAUCUGUCUUACAUGGACUUCACCGGCUCCAUACUCCAAGUCCAUUUGAAUACCGGCGACGAUGAGUUCGAGCGGAAUGAUCUUGAGCUGCGACGCGUCGGCACCGCCACGGGCAGCAUUAUGGGCGGACAUCGUGACAGCUUCAUCAAAAUGAAACCCACCGAACUGGAAAAGCAAACCGAACUGGCCGACGAGGAGGCCAAGAAGAAUGUUAAGAAGCCGGGCUUCUGGCGUCGCUUCGCCGAUCUGCUCGACAUUGCCAUGCUCAAGGACAAGAUGUUUCUCAAUCUGCUCUUCGGUCUCUCCAUCUUCUACGUGGCCGAGAUGAACUUCAAGAUGGUGACGCCCUUCUUCUUUGCCAACCUGGGCUACUCCAAAGCGGAUGUGGCCUACUGUCUAUCGAUCACAGCCAUCACGGACAUUGCCGCACGUAUUGUAUUGCCGCCCAUCUUUGACAGAACCACGAUCAAGAAACGCACCAUCUUUCUGGUCUCCAUCAUAUUUGUUGCCAUCACGCGCUCCAUUAUGGCUGAGCAAACGGACUGGACACAGCUCAUGGUCUGGCUAUCCAUAUGCGGCUUUUUCCGUGGCUCAGCGCUGAGCAACUUCACGCUGACCGUCUCCGAGUAUUGUUCGCUGGAAAAGCUGCCCUCGGCCUUUGGCUGGCAUCUGGUGGGCAAGGCGCUGUUUGUGAUCAGCUUUGGACCACUGAUUGGUCUCAUCCGGGAUGUUUCCGAUAGCUAUCCGAUUUGCAUACAUGCGCAGAGCGUUUGCAUCAUGAUCUGCGCUGUGGCCUGGGGCAUUGAGUAUCUGGUGGAGUUUAUCCAAUCGCGUCGUCGCACUGCCGAUGCGGCCAACUUGCCCACACAGGAGGGAGCAGCUGGAGCGGCUGGAACAGCGUCAGCGACAGCGCCAACCGGCCAGGAUGUCAAGCUGUAAUAUGAAGGCCAAAGAUCAAGAGAGAAUUAACAGAAAUGCAUAAUAUGAAAACUCAUAAAAUGCAAACUACUUAAUACUUAAUUAAUACAUAGAUACUUAAUGAAAGUAUGUCUUUUGUGGUCUAUUUGCAGCGAAAGUCAGGCAGCUGACUUCGCCAAUUAUCAAGAGAACAACUUCAUUCGCAAAUAGCCCAAAAAAAAAUAAUAAUAAUAUUAUAGCAAUUGCACUGUGUAACCCUCUCCCUUAAUUGUAUUAAACUCUCAUUUGCCAGUCUUAUAUAUAUAUAUAAAUAUAUAAAUAUAUAUAUGUAAAGUUCGUUCCACUUAAGAUCUGUUAAUGGAACGACCUUUAAUAUCAUUCAUACCUAUUAGUUUAUUAUUUUAUCGACUUUUUUUUGUUUACUUAUUGUAUGAACUUGUAUGUGAUAGUUCAAAGAUAGUUUGUAAGUUAGAUCGUAAAGCAAGCAUAUUUUACAAUGUACACAAGAAUAUAACUGUACCAUGAAUAUGAUCAAAAGGCAUUAAAAAA